AUGCCACUCCGUCGUCACCAUCGAACAAUUGACCUGGGGAAGAAGCUGUCAUCCUUCAUGACAGCUCCCCCAAUACACAACACCCAAACGAUGGAUAAACUCACAAAUUCUGAACUUAACCGCUUGAUCCUUGAGGAACGUCAACCUACCAACAUAAAACGAACUCGGUCACCUCUUGACGAGCAGGAAGAAGCCGAGAGCAGCAGGGAGAGUGGGUCUUGGUCGAUGAAGCUACAAACACGAAAUUCAGCCCAUACCCCACCCGCCAGUAACCUUACCGAAAGCGACCUCUCCGAGUCCAUGUCGGCUGAUGGGGGAAGUCAUCACAAGCCAUCCAGCGACUCAUCAGACCCAUCCAACGAUGGGAAUGAACUGAUAGUAGUUGAGGAGGACCUGGAUCAAUCAUCAGCGACAGAGUAUAUCUUCGGGUCCUUUUUCAACGUCGUCUCUGCUUGUGCUACUCACAAAAAACAUGGGCUGCGAAAAACACAAUUGUCGCGCAAAUGGAGUGCAGCGAACUCAUCGCGCCCAGUACCUGGCGAUGCGAUCAAGCGUAAACCAGAUCUGGCCUUAUUGGACGAUCUGGAGGCCCGAUGGGACACCAUCAAGGCAGUAUGUGAGCUGACCACCCCCGUACACACCUGCUGGUACCCUUGCAAGGACUCUCGACACUAA